AUGGCUGACAUCGCUUCCUUGGAGACAGAUCUCACAGAAUGCAAGUCUCAGAUGGAAACCGUCGCGUUAGGCUUGGAGGUAGACCCGGAUAGUGUGGAGCUAAACAGCCUCAAAAGCGAACUCGAAGAAUACAUCACCGUUCUCCAAACCCAAAUCGCCGAACUCAAGUCCACUGCACCCGCUAAACCGGCUCCCAAGGCUGACCGAUUCAAGGAUAAUGGUUUCCCCAAACCUACUGAACAUGCAGAGGAGGCAUCUGCUGUACCUACUACUCCCGUAUCAUUCUCGGUGAAUGACACUGUUCUUGCGCGUUGGGUCUCCGGCGAUCGUGCUUUUUACCCGGCCAAAAUUAACUCGAUCACUGGCUCAUCGACCAACCCAGUCUACCUUGUCACAUUCAAGUCAUAUGCAACUGUGGAAAAUUUGACAGCCAAGGAUAUCCGACCCAUCUCUGGCACUGACUCGCGCAAACGCAAGGCUGAUGGAACCCCAGGCAGUUCGGCAUCGCCCUCGCCCGCUCCCCCUCACCCCGGUGUGAUCUCUGCCGCGGCAGAUAUCAACCCCGCACUAGCUACCCAGGCUCGCAACGAACCCAACAAGGCUGGUGGACUUGUUCCUCCCGCUAAGAAGACCCGCAAGGUCAAAGCGGGAAAGGAUCUCGAAGAAGGCAAGAAUAAGUGGAAAGAUUUCGCUGCAAAGACCAAGGGCAAAGGCAAGGGUGCGUUCGGCAAAAAGGAGAGCAUGUUCCGCACUGGGGAAGGUAUCAAUGCACGAGUGGGAUUUACAGGUUCUGGACAAACCAUGCGCAAGGAUCCGGCCCGAACCCGCCACGUUUACCAACAGUUGGAAGAAGAUGACUAUUAA